AUGACUUCCACCUACUUCUUCAAGAAUUUAACUAAAGCAACGAACUUUGUCACAGCGACAUUCGAAACAGUUUUCCAACAGAACAAAUCUGCUGCAGCCAAGUUUGACAUUGACCAGUACGUUCCGCCCGACAACUGCACUAUUUGCAACGGGGAAAUCUCCUGGUGCUCCUGCGACCUGUUGAUGAAAAUCAAUAACAAUGAGGUUGAGGCCGACGACGCAGUGAUGGGAUAUCUGAAAGAGAUGGAAAUGGUCAGAUAUAUAAGACGCAGGAACGGCCAGAAAUUGAAGCUGUACAUCACCAAAGGGACACCCUUUAUACUUGCCUCUGGCGGUGUAAUGAGGAAGUGGGAUGAGCGCCGCAUGAGAACAAACAGUACUGUCACCCGGCCCUCAGAACCCUCCAAACCCUCUCAGUCCUUCUGGUCUCAGUUUGGGCCCACAAGAACCAACUCCGGCCUCACAUCCGAAACAACUGUGAAAGACACUUCAACCGCAAAGGAACCGCCAACCGUCACGGCUCCAGGUUCUGUCUCGGACUCUACCUGUACCACCUACCCAGUUUCCUCCACCGUUCCAACUCCUGUUUCAGACCCAGUUUACACCACUCGCAAACCAGCAUCUGUCACCGUUCGAAGUCCUGUCUCGGACCCUGUUUACACCACCCACAGCUCCUGCAUUCACGCUGCGACUGCUCAACCCCCAAUUGAGUCAGUAGCAUUGAGAAACAGAACCGCCACCUUCCCCCAAAUGGUCGGCGGCACUGGAGUAUCCGUGUGUAGUGCGGAUACGGGUGGAGAUGGGGCCGAGACUGUUGCUGAAGAGCGUUCCCGAUGGAAAGCCGCUGGUGCACGUCGCUGGAAGAAGGUCAAGGAGGCGGUACAAAGGGAGAAUCACAAAUUUAAGAGCCUGGCGAAACAUAUAAAGAUCGGCUCUUGGGAAGGCAAGAAGCAAAAGGCCAACAAUUUUGAUAGCAAAGUUGAGAACAAGACCAAGCAUGUAUUUAGUAGGAUGUUCAAACGAAAAGCUAAAAUUGGCGAAGCUUCCCCCGCUUAA